AAGGCCUACUCACGCAUGGGCCCGCCGGUUCAAACUGGCAAACUGUUAUUGGGGAGGGCUGGCUGCCCAUUCCAUUCCAACUGGAGUGUGACGCAUAACAUUCUGCCUUGGUCUCAGCUCAGGCAACCAUUGGACAUUGCAGUGAGCGGGGUCAGAUUGGAUUCCAAUUUUCGAACCUUUGUGGGAAGAUUCUCGGACGCUCGAUUCGCCAUGAGGAACGUCAAGGAGUUGAAGGACAAGAUCCGGAGGAUUUGUGUGUGUGAGAAUUGCACCACGGACAAGAAAGUGGAGGAUUUCUUCAAGCGUCGACAGUUCUGGUGGCAACGAUGAUGAUGAUGAUCCUACCAUCGUCAAAGCCUAGCCAAUCAGCCUCACUCACAAGACCUCUUUCAAGUUUCUCAUCCUUCCUCUCGCAGCCAGCCAGAUCAUGGCUUUCUUGGACUGGGAUUGUCCCCUAGAUUGAAAAAUAAAUACGAAAAGCAAA